UGCUUAACAACUCCAUCGUCGAAGAUCACAAACCAUGGCCAUCGCUUUAGCUAAGCUUCUGAUCUCCGCCAUGGCGAUAUUCAUGCUUGUUUCUGCUUCGUUUGCGACCUCGGAAGUUCCGUUCAUUGUGGUUCACAAGAAAGCCACUCUCAACAGGCUCAAAUCUGGCGCCGAACGCGUCUCCGUUUCCUACGACAUCUAUAACCAAGGAUCCUCGACGGCGUAUGAUGUGACUCUGACAGAUAAUAGCUGGGAUAAAGCUACUUUUGAGGUUGUUAAUGGAAACACUUCGAAAUCAUGGGAAAGACUUGAUGCAGGAGGUAUCUUGUCUCAUUCUUUCGAACUGGAGGCCAAGGUUAAAGGAGUCUUCUACGGUGCUCCUGCUGUCGUUACUUUCCGUAUCCCUACAAAGCCAGCUCUUCAGGAAGCGUACUCAACUCCCCUACUACCUCUAGACAUCCUCGCAGACAAACCUCCAACGAAAAUUUUGGACGUGGCCAAGAGGUUGCUGGCGAAAUAUGGAUCACUCGUCUCCGUGAUCUCCAUGGUGGUUUUGUUCAUAUACUUGGUGGCAACACCUAAGUCCAACGUAUCAAAGGCAAGCAGCAAGAAGAAGCGUUAAGUUAGUGAUAUGAAGGCGAGAAAGGUUGGUACGGUGCUGUUUUGUGUUUGACAGUUAAACAAAGUUUCAAAACUUGUAAGAAUUAGAGAACACAAUUUAAUUUUGGUGUUGCAGAGGACAUAGUUCAAAGAGUUAUUUUGGUUUUGCUUAAUCUCUUUGUCAGAGCAUAGUCAUGGAGUUCUCUUUUAUUUGGGUUCUGCCUUUUGCUUCUGUUUUUUUUUUUAUGGUUUUGUCAGCAUUCUCUUUUACACAUUUUGGUUAUCUUUGCUGUGUGACUUGUGUUUGUUUCUGUCUAGUUUCAUUGCCUGUUUGCUUUGCAGUCUCUGAAUCUCACAUUUUUUGUUUUUGUAGAAUCUAGUCUGGUUAUUGGUUAGGUAUUGUGGCUUAUAAGUUUUUGUUUGUUUUGAUAAUUGUGAUGUUUUCUUUAGUUGAAGUUGGAAAAGGAGGUUCUUGCGUAAAAUUGAAAGAGUUGUCCGGGUGUAUGUUUGCUAUGUUGAUGCCAUUGUGAUUGCAUAAAUUGUUAUAUGUUUU